AAGUAUUAGAACCCUUCGCUCUCUCGCAGAACGUGAUAGAAAACUAGAGCGAUAAAUGAGUGGCCAUCGAUUUGCGGUUCUUCCUUCUACGUAGCUUAUUUAUUGUACUCCUUCCUCCUCUCAAUUCCUGUAAAUCAACGUUUUUCAUUAUCUCUUUCAUUUGUUUUCUUCUCCCUUAAAUUAAACUCUUCCAAUUCUUUGUUAAACAGAGCAGGAUGGGGAAUAAUGAUGGAUUUGACUAUGGUUCUUACACCUAUGACAAGCUUGAGAGGGAGCCAUACUGGCCGUCGGAGAGGUUGAGGAUUUCAAUCACUGGAGCUGGUGGUUUUAUUGGAUCCCACAUUGCUCGGCGUUUGAAGAGUGAAGGACACUAUGUAAUAGCUUCAGAUUGGAAGAAGAAUGAGCAUAUGACUGAGGAUAUGUUUUGUAAUGAAUUCCAUCUUGUUGAUCUUAGGGUGAUGGACAAUUGUUUGAAGGUCACGAAAGACGUUGAUCAUGUGUUUAACCUUGCUGCCGAUAUGGGUGGCAUGGGUUUCAUCCAAUCCAAUCACUCUGUUAUUAUGUAUAACAAUACAAUGAUCAGUUUCAACAUGCUUGAGGCAGCUAGGAUUAGUGGUGUUAAAAGGUUCUUCUAUGCCUCAAGUGCGUGCAUAUACCCUGAAUUCAAGCAGUUGGAAACUUCCAAUGUUAGUCUUAAGGAGGCAGAUGCUUGGCCUGCAGAGCCACAAGAUGCUUAUGGGCUGGAAAAGCUAGCUACUGAGGAGCUGUGCAAGCAUUACACCAAAGAUUUUGGUAUUGAAUGCCGAAUUGGAAGGUUCCAUAACAUCUAUGGUCCAUUUGGCACUUGGAAAGGUGGUAGGGAGAAGGCUCCAGCUGCUUUCUGCAGGAAGGCGAUUACGUCUACCGAUAAGUUUGAGAUGUGGGGGGAUGGGUUGCAGACUCGGUCUUUCACAUUCAUUGAUGAAUGUGUGGAAGGUGUACUAAGACUGACGAAGUCCGAUUUCCGAGAGCCAGUGAAUAUUGGAAGCGAUGAGAUGGUUAGUAUGAAUGAGAUGGCUGAAAUAGUUUUGAGCUUUGAGGACAGGAAGCUUCCAAUCCAUCAUAUUCCGGGCCCAGAGGGAGUCCGUGGUCGUAACUCAGAUAAUACAUUGAUCAAGGAGAAACUUGGCUGGGCCCCAACCAUGAGGCUAAAGGAUGGGCUACGGAUUACUUACUUCUGGAUCAAGGAGCAGAUUGAAAAAGAAAAGUCUCAAGGUAUGGACCUGUCGGUUUAUGGAUCAUCUAAGGUGGUGGGCACCCAAGCUCCAGUUCAGCUAGGCUCUCUACGCGCUGCUGACGGCAAGGAAUGAUGCAUUUUCGUCCGUACAUAAACCAUCAUGUGUUAGGUUAUACUACCUAUGUUUUUUUAAUAGCUAGUCGUAUAUGCCCUUUUUGCUAUUCUAGCAAUGAUUUUCAAUCGGUAAAUUCUCGGAAGUGUUCUCAGACAGAACAAUGCCAGGCUUCAGCAUAAACUUUAUGUUAUCAUAAACUGGGUCAAGUGUUGUUAAGUCGAAUAUAUACCUCAAUUUCAGGUUGUUUUGGGCACCGGAAAUUGUAUGUUAUUUAGUAUUAUCAGAAAAUUUUGGUUCAGUUACUUGCCAAUCCUUUUUAAUGGCUAAACCUAUUUUUCGGGAUUA